AUGCCUCAUGGUCUCGCCGUCGACAGAGAAGAAAAUCUUUGGCUUACAGAUGUUGGAAUGCAUCAGGUGUUUAAAUAUUCAAAUGGUGAACGCAUAUUAACAUUAGGUGAAUCAUUUGUACCGGGCAAUGAUGAAUCACAUUUUUGUAAACCAACUGAUGGUGUUGUAUCAAAUGAUGGAUCAAAGAUUUAUGUUGCUGAUAGAGAAAAUGGACGAAUUGUUUGUUUCGAUGAUGAAAUUAAUGAUGAUGAUAGCGAUGAUGAAACAAAUGAAAAUAAUCAAAGUCAAGUUAAAGCUACUAUUGAUCAUCCAUUAAUGAGAACUGUGUAUGCUAUUCAUUAUGAUCCAAUUAAACAUCGUCUUUAUGCAGUUAGUGGUAGACUUAGACAAAGUCGAGCCAUGGGCUUUACAUUUAGUGUUCAUCCUGAAUCAUUUGGUCAACUAAUCACUACUUGA